AAAAGGCCAGCGAGUAGCAGCAGCAGCAAUGGCGUGGAAGAAGUGGGGGGAAAGAGAUUAGAUUUCGCUUCUCUCUCAUCAAUUUUCUGUUUAAUGUCACUGGUCUCCAUUGUGGGAGAGAGAGGCACGUCAUCCGGCCAUAAAUUUGAGAUUAUAGAGCCUCCAGCUCCGUCUUGGUGCCCUAAUUGAAUGGAUUUACUCCACACGGGCAAGUAGGAGGGGAGGGGGACCUCGGAGUGGGAGCAGAAGACUCGCGACUAAAUGCCAAAUUCGUAAUAAUAAUAAUAACAGCAGCAGCAGCAACUGCAGCAGCAGCCAGAGAGAGGACUGUGCCGUCGCCGUAAAAAGCAAAUCCUCAAACGCCUCGGCGGCGGUGUGGGGAAAAAAAAAGAGAUCUGUGAUCUUGCGCGCACACAUGCAAAAACCAUCUCCAGUUUCCGCUUUCUAGAGACAGAGAAAGAAAGGAGCUCCGGGGAAAGGAGAGAGAGAGAGAAGGGGGGGGAAUCACCUGUAUUCUAAUAUUGGCGUUUUCCAGUCCACGACUUGGAUAUCUCCAGUGGCCCCCCCUUUUUUUUUUACAGUGAAGUGGAUUUUUUUUGUUUGUUUGUUCCUGCGGUUUGUUAAACAGAACUUUGACCCAGGAAAGCAGCGAUCUAGAAUGAGGCUGGAUCCCCGGGGCCAAGAGAAGCGGAGGAGCCGCGGAGGGCUGCCGCCAGCCUCGUGGUGAGAGCGGGGAGCCCUCGGUCCCCGGCGCCUGGUGCGCUGCGCGCUGCCCGUUUCCUUCCGCGGAGGGGGACCCUCCUGCCCGCUUGCCCGCCCGUCGGUGCCGCUCGCUCGCUCGCUCUGCUGGCCUCCCUUCCCUGCUGGGGCUUCGGCGGCGGCGGCAGCAGCGCGGCCCCGGGAUGGAUGGCCGCGAGUUCGCGCCGCCGCCUCACCUCCUGGCCGAGAGGGGCCACCGCAACAGCUCCAGCCGCCUGGCUUCCUCCGGGCACAACUCGGUGCAGCACGCGGGGCACUUCCAGCCCGGGAAAUACUUCCCCUCGCCCAUCUCCAUGGCUACGCACACAGCAGGAAGUGGGUUGAUGGGAAACUCACCUGCCUCAUCUUUUAUGGGCAGCUUCCUCAGCAGCAGCUUGGGUUCAGCAGCACCGCCACAUCCCACAGGCCCGGCGUCAUCCCCAUCAGAACCGGCCUUCCGCGGCCCCCACUCCGGCACUUCCCAGAUUUGGUUCUCACACUCCCAUGAAGCUCCAGGUUACCCGAGGUUCUCCGGGAGCUUAGCAUCCACUUUUCUUCCCAUGAGCCACUUGGAUCACCAUGGAAACAGCAACGUCCUGUAUGGCCAGCACCGUUUCUAUGAAAGCCAGAAAGACAAUUUCUACCUGCGGAACCUACCGGCUCAGCCCACCCUACUGUCAGCCAAUCACAACUUCCCCAGCAUUGCCCGGGCCGCACCAGGGCACCCCAUUGGCUCCUGCAGCCGGGACCGGGAGGCGGGCCACGGGCAAAAGUGCCACAAGGACUACGAGCGCUUUGUGCUGUCCAAGGGGGACAAAGGGGCCAAGGGCGAGGGGAAGGACCGGCUGGCCGAGGAGGAGGCGGCGGCCAAGGAGCGGCACAAGCUGGGGAUGCCCAUGGCGCCCGAGGCCAACUGCAAGGAAGGGGCUCCCCAGCGGGGCUCCUGCGACAACCGCCCCAAGCACCUGCCCUCCUGCCUGCUGAGCUCCAAGGUGCUGAAUGGCGACUCAGGCAAAGCCGUGCUGCCCAGCUGCGGCGGGGGCAUAAUGCCACGCCACGCGGGAGCCCAGAGCCGCUGUGCCAAGGACCUCGGCCACCACGAGCCCCCCCAGUCCUACAGCGAGUGCCUGGAGCGGCGUCAGAUGCUGCACCACUCGGUUUCCUACACCGUCCCGUCAAGCCUGCCCACCGGGCCCCCGGCCUUGAGCACGACCACGGGGAGUUUCCCCUGCCUGCAGCUCCACUCCAGCCCUGACGGGAUGUGCCCCCUGCAGGAUAAGGCCGGCCGGGAGCUGCGGAUCAGCGGAGCCACCUUUGUGCCUUCCGUAGGCCACUUGACUGACAAGAGCCGCUCCUUCCAGGUGCCCUCUGAGCCCUGCGAGGGGAAGGAGCGCCCCCACGACGUGGGCCCCGAGCACCCACCCCCUUACGGGAACCACCCUUUCUCUCACCUUAAGGUGGAGGGCAAAGCCGAGCGGCGGCUGGACUGGCCGCAGAAUUCCAACGCGGCCCGCCUCAAAGGCCUGGAGUACCUGAACAGCACGGGCUCCGACGGCCAUUUUGGGAGCUUAACCCACCAGCCUAAAGGCGGGCACUUUGAGAUGGUGCCCCCUCAGGACUGUGCGCGGCCUAGCCCUCAGGAGACGCUGUGCAAACUCAGCCAGUCCUGCUGCACUUUAGACAAGGCCCCCAAGGAGCCGCCGACGCACGGCACCCAGAAAGUGGCCCGCAUCCGCCACCAACAGCACUUGCAGACGGAGAUGGAGCAGGCCGGGGCCCACGCAGAGUCCAAGCGCAAGUCCAUGGAGCUCGGCUCUCUGGGCUACAACGGGCCGCACCUGCCGCCGUGGCCGGUGCAGGGCCAGGGCCCUCCUCCUUUGCCCAUGGUGGAGGAGAGGAAAAGCUCCUACCUGGACCCUUUCAGCAGCAGCCUCCAGCAGGCCGCGCUCAUGACUCAGGGCUCGGUGCUCACCCAGGAAAUGCAGGCGCCGCCCGACGACGUGUCGGCCAUGAAGAACCUGCUGAAGUACAGCAACCAAGCACUUAUCGUGGGGCAGAAAGCUCCUUUCGUGGGACUAGGCAGCCUCAAGGGCAGCUGCGCCCACCAGGACGGGGGCAAGUUCCUGGGCGCCAAGGGCCAGCAGGAGAUGGAGCGCCCGGACUGCGCCCGCAGCAGGGAACACGAGCUGGGACACGGGGACGGCGAGGUGCGCCAGCCUCCCGUGGGCAUCGCCGUAGCCGUGGCUCGCCAGAAGGAUACGCUUAGCCGGCCCGAACCGGCAUACGGCUCCAGCUCCAGUCGGCAGAGCAGGGCUGCCAUGGGGCUCAAAGCUGGCGCGGCACGGCCUGUGCAUGUCAUUGACCUGGAUGCCGAAGAGGAACGGAGCCGGCUGUGUGAGGAGCGCCUGGGGCUUGCUGGGAGAGAUCUCUUGAUCCAAACGAAACAGAGCCAGUGCUUGCCUCCUGUAACAAGCAGAAGUGUCUGCCACCAUCAAAUAACGAAACAAGCACCACUCCCAAUAAACAGGGAGAAGGCAGUGAGGGAUAACAAGGACCUUGUGGAAUUUGCCCGCAUCCAUCCGUCCAGCAGCUGCCCUGGAGACCUUACACCCCACCUGAUGAUUGCGGGCAGUUCCUCGUUGCAGGCCAGCCAGUUGGGAGGAGACCCAGCAGCCCAUACCCACCCGGCUCAUACCCACUGGUUGCCCCGGACCCGCAGCCCUUCUCUUUGGAUGGGUGGACACUCAUACGGCAUCGGGCACCCUGCUCUUCAUCAAAACCUGCCUCCCGGCUUCCCAGCCUCUAUGCCCAGUGCCAUGCAGCCAGUCUUCCCCCUGUCGCAGGAACCACCUGCUCAACUAGUAAUCCUGCCUUCUGAGCCUCCAGCCCAUGGGGCGCCCCAUACCCUGGCAGCUGAGGUGAUGGAUCAGGCAUCAAUUUGGCCACCCAUGUAUCCCAGCCGGGGGCCUGGCUCUCACCUGCAGCACACAGGGCAACUCCCUGUCUAUUCCCGCUCCCAAUUCCUGCGUCAGCAAGAACUCUAUGCCCUGCAGCAGCAACAGCAGCAGCAACAGCAACAGCAGCGUGCAGCACAGGCACUGGAAGUGCAGCGGCACACACACAGCCAGCGGAAGCCCGACGAGCCGCCCCCUGAGCUGGAGAUGCCAGGCCCCGAGAAGCCACUCAAACCAUCCCACAAAGCUGUUGCCUUAAACGCUCCCCCGAAGGGCCUGUCGCCAGCAGCUGCCUGCUCAGCCAAGCUCUCCCCGUGUUGCCACCCGCCCAAAUGCCCUGCCCCCUGCACUUUACCUGUCUGCCCUGCUGUGGUGCCACGCUCGCCUGCUGUCAGUCCGGUGCCCUCGCAGAGCUCCACUGGCACGGAGGCCGAGGACAAGCAGCCUGAAGGGAGGCCAGCCCAGGACUAUCCCAAAUCACUGGAACCAGAUCUUCCCCCUGGUUACUCCUACCCUGUGGCUGGCCUGGGCUAUGCAUCACCUUUACCCCUGGACCCAGCUGAUCCUGACACUAUGCAAACGGUUUCCACGGCAGCUGAGCCCGAACAGUCGCGCACCUUCCCACCGGAGCAGGAGCCACAAUGCGAGUCGGAAGCUCGCCCAUCCAGUGGGGCUGGGGACCCCGAAGUGGAUUCCUCCCACCCUCACCCUCCCCACCUCCUUGUGCACCCCCAGAGGCCGAGCUCCACGGAACUGGCCAAGGAGACGCCGUGUUGCCCCCUGCUGGUCGGGGACAGCCCAGAUGGCUUGGACUCUGCCCCGAAGGAAUGCCAGGAGGAGCCUAGGCCGGAAGCUGCUGUGCCAGGGCCUUCGCCGGAGGUGAUGGCUGUGGAGGACAGCCCAGCCGCAGCACUGGAAGAUGAAUGCCAGGAAGACGAGAGCGAUGCCAGCUCGCCAGAUGACCUGUCGACGCAUGCUGAGGUGCAGGUGGCCCCGUGCGGCCUGGACGCCCUCAUUGCUGCCAGCAUCGAUCUGGGCGAGCUCCCAGCCUUGGAAUCUCCACCUCCUGCAGAUUCCCUUCCCCUGCCCUCGCCAUGCAGCUCAGGGAUUCCUGGCAUUGCCCUGCUCAGUGAGCUGGCAGAACUGGAACUCCGUCGCCAGCAGUGCGAUACUGCCGCCCAUGUGCUGGAUGAAGACCUGGCAGCCUUCAAUCUGCAAAGCCUGGCCACUCUCGCUGCCGCCUGGGCCCUGGUUGAGGCAACCGGCCUGGAGAGCAGCCCCCCUGACCUCCUCGACCUGGCAGAAGCUGCUGUGCCCUGCGUGGACCUGCGUCCUCGCAUGCGGGCCUCCCGCCGCAAAUACAUCUGGACCCCUAAGACCAAGCCUGUUUGCCCCCUGAAAGCAGCCAUUGAGAACUUGGACACCCAGGAAGUAGAGAUGCGGCUGCGGCUGGCGGAACUGCAGCGGCGCUACAAGGAGAAGCAGCGGGAGCUGGCCAAGCUGCAGAGGCGGCACGACCACGAGCGAGACGAGAGCUCCCGGAGUCCGGCUCGGCGGGGACCAGGGCGACCUAGGAAGCGCAAGCACUCCAGCACUCUCAGCUCCCUGCGCCAGGGCUCCAUCAGCAAGAGCGACAGCAGGAAGGUCAAGUCAGUAAAGGCCAGCUUAUCUCUGCUGUGUGCAGAGCUGCGGGCUGAGGGAGAGCCGAAGAAGAAGAAAAGGAAAAUAUUAGAGACGGCUUAUGGUGGCAUUAAAAACUCCCAGGAGAAGGUGCGUUGCAAGAAGAGCAGCUCCCAAAACAAGCUGGCUUCCACCGUGGUGCACAAGGUCUCCCAUCUCAAGCAGAAGGUCAAGAGCAAAGGCUUGCCCGCAAACAUUGGCCCCUUCCGACGGAAAGAGCCCAGCCCCGGUACCAGGAUCCAAAAGAAACUCUCCCGGCCCAAGAGCUCCAAAGCAACGCCUUCUGCCAAAUACCCACAGCAGGACCUCACUACCUCAGAGGUCAAGCCAAGCACAGGAAAUACUGAUGCAGAUGACAAUCGCCACAAAGACUAUGAAAGCGAUGACGACGGUGGUGUUGACGACUUGACCAGCGACACCAGCUCCACCCUUCACGUGACAGUAAACCCUGCUGUGAUUGGCCCCUCUCCUUCCUCGGUGGUGAAGAUGGAAGCGAAUCAAAAGGCAAAGAAGAAAAAGGAGAGGCAGGGGCUUCUAGGGCCCUGCCGGAUACCCAGUCCCGAGGGCCAAGUCAAAAUCAAGCGGCGCCCGGUGAAGCCCGGAGUAGGGAGGCUGGAAAAGGUGCCCGUCUGCCGGGCAGCAUCUUGCGAGGCUUCCAACAAGAAGAAGUUGAAGAGCAAGGCCAAGGAGCUGCAGUGCGGGCCUGGGACAUCGGCCGCGAACGAGGGGCUCUUCUCUGGCAGCCAAGCCCGACUGUUUGCAACCCGGGAUGACGCAGGAAAGCUCAACAGUGAACGCCUCAAGAAAGCCACGCGGAAGAGCAAGGUGCUGCAGUCGGCCCUCAGGAGAAAGAAUGGGGCACUGGCACUCUCUCCCCGCAAUGCCAAGGCCAUCCUCAGCAAAGGCAAGAAGCUGGCCAAGGUCAAGAACAAAGUGGUCAGCAAGCAGUGCAAAGGCCGGGCGGUCAGCCGGCUGAUGGAGAGCUUCGCCAUUGAAGAUCACUUUGAGUUUGAUGAUAACAGCAGCUUCUCUGAAGAGGAGGAGAUGCCCUCCACUGGUACGGAGCAAGACAUGGCCCCCACCCAGUCAUGCACCAUUCACAAGGAGGAUCUCCAGGAUGGACUGCGCGUGCUCAUUCCCAAAGAGGACAGCCUGCUCUACGCCGGGAGUGUGAAGAGUUUGCAGCCACCAGACAUCUACAGCAUCGUCAUUGAGGGAGAGCGAGGGAACCGGCAGAGGAUCUAUUCCCAGGAGCAGCUGCUGCAGGAGGCGGUUCUGGAUGUGCGGCCACAGUCAAGUCACAGCCUCCCACCUGGCACCCGAGUCUGUGCUUACUGGAGCCAGAAGUCCCGCUGCCUCUACCCAGGGAAUGUCAUUCGAGGUUCCUCAAGCGAUGAAGAGGAUGAUGCAGACUCGGUGCUGGUAGAAUUCGACGAUGGGGACACAGGCCACAUUGCAGUGUCUAAUAUCCGCAUGUUGCCACCCGAUUUCAAAAUCCAGUGCACAGAGCCUUCUCCUGCACUCUUGGUUUCCACCUUCUGCCGUCGCAACAAGAGGUCUUCCAGUGAUGUUCCCCAUUCCAGUGAAUCUGCACCAAGCCUGUGUGCUGAGGGGCGGGAGAGCUCAGAGUCAGCCAAAAGCACCGGCAAGAAGGCAACGAGCAAAGAAAAAGCUGGUAAAUCUGACCUGCUGCACCCAAGUUCAAAAGCCCUGCCUGGAGAUCACUUCCUGGGCCGCCGUGCCAGCCCUCUGCUGAGCUGGUCAGCUGUGGCUCAGAACAAGCGCAAGACCUCCAGCAAGAGCACAGCGAUGCGGCAGAACCUCUUCCAGCUCAACGGCAGCAGCAAGAAGCUGCGGGCCAAGGAGGUGCUCUUCCCCGUGCACAGCGUGGCUGCCCCCAUUUUUGGCAACGGCUUUGGCUCAGACUCGUUCAGCCGCAUUGCCAACUCCUACUCGGCUUUUGGAAGCGCCGGCCUGGUUCUGCCGUGCACCCAGAAGCUUUUGCGUGCCAAGAAGGCCGAGCGGUUGGACGUCGAGAUGGGCAAGGGAGGGCGCCGGAAAAUGGGCGGCGAGUACCUGGUCAAGCUGGACCACGAGGGCGUGACGUCGCCCAAGAACAAAAACUGCAAGGCCUUGCUGAUGAACGACAAGGACUUUGGCUCGCUGCCCGGCCACGGCUACGCUCACCCAGCCUUGGGGAUCAAGGAGAAGAAGAGCGCAUCGCUGCCCAUGGGGCUGGCGCUGCGCAAGUACACGGGUCAAACGGAGUACGGUCUGCACUGCGACAGCGACUGUCACAGCUCCUACUCAGACAUGGAUGAAGAUGAGGUGGACGACCUGAGAGGAAGUGUCCCCUCCCGCUUCCUGACACGUCUUUCCGUCUCCUCCUCGUCCUCCGGAUCGUCCACCUCCUCCAGCUCGGGCUCGGGCUCCACGUCCAGCCUCUGCUCAUCCGACAAUGACUCGUCCUAUAGUUCCGAUGACGAGGACUCGACCUUGCUUGUGCAGACCUGCCUGACGCACCCUGUCCCAGCCCUGCUGGCUCAGUCCGAAGCCCUGCGCUCCAAGGGCAGCACCCUGCAGAGGUGCUUUGGCGCUGGGGCCAAGGGCAAGCUCAGGCGCAAGGAGGCCCUGAGCUUCUCCAAAGCCAAAGAGUUCUCCCGCCGGCAGAGGCUGCCCUCGGUGGAAAACCGGCCAAAGAUCUCUGCUUUCCUGCCAGCACGCCAGCUCUGGAAGUGGUCUGGGAACCCCACUCAGCGUCGUGGCAUGAAGGGGAAAGCACGGAAAUUGUUCUACAAGGCAAUUGUACGGGGCAAGGAGACUCUGCGCAUCGGUGACUGUGCUGUCUUCCUGUCAGCCGGGCGACCCCAUCUGCCGUACAUCGGCCGCAUCGAGAGCAUGUGGGAAUCCUGGGGCAGCAACAUGGUUGUCAAAGUAAAGUGGUUCUACCAUCCUGAGGAGACCAAGCUGGGCAAGCGACAUAGCGAUGGCAAGAACGCGCUGUACCAGUCGUGCCACGAGGACGAGAACGACGUCCAAACCAUCUCGCACAAAUGCCAGGUGGUAGAACGUGAACACUACGAGCAGCUGACGCGCAGCAAGAAAUACCAGGACCGUCAAGACCUCUACUACCUGGCAGGGAGCUACGACCCCACCACAGGCCGGCUCGUGACUGCAGACGGCGUGCCCAUCUUAUGCUGAGACUGCGGGAUGCAACCACUGCUCCAGGGCCGGAAAACGGCUGGCGGGGUGGGGGUGUGGACAGGAGGGCCAAGGGACAGUGGCAAGGGGGCCCGUCUCCUCUCACCGUUUCCUGCCCGUUGGAUGCAAGGCCCUGAAAUAUGCAAGGUUCCCGGCUUUGCCAUGCCCCGGGGUUGCAGGCUGAUCCCGGCUCCCCAAACGGCUCUGUACAGAUUUGAAUCCAAGCCAUACUUUCCCUAGUACCUCUGACUGUUUGCCGCAGGCCAAACACAAAUCAGGUUACCGCUCUAUUUAUUUCGUGUGUAAAUAGUGUAUUUCUGACAGGAAGUUUUAUGGAAAAAGAAGCAAACGAGACAAAAAAAAAAAGAGGCAGGUUUUACGGGGGUGGGAGGGUAAGGGGGCUAUUUGAUGGGUUUUAUUUUGUGUUCGAUGCACUGUUUUCCCUCCAGCUUAGCUGGGGGCGCGGAUGCCAGGCAAGCGUGUAAAUACAGAAGGGGGCACUUGAAGGCCGCGGCAGCGCAGGCUCCGAAAGGCUACGCUGACCUCACAAGACUGUGUACUAUAGACUCCCCUCACCCGUCCCCUCCUACCCUUUUUUAUUAUUAUUAUUAAUUAUUAUUAUUAUUGUUAUUCUAAUGAUAAUUAUUCUGACAAUGUCUGCGGAUGUUAAUAUGCUCCUGUUAAAGAGAAGAUUAUAUAUAUUAUUAUAAAAUCAGGAUCUAGUA